AUGACACAUGGCAACCUGCUCCCGGAGCACCGCUCGUCCCCGUCCCCUCUCGAUCAAGGAGAGCUGGGACCCGCUCUUCCGGCAACCGCCAAUGAGUCAGGAGAUCUCCAACCAGAGGUCUACGGGGAAAUAUCCCUCAGCCGCGCAAUCUCCCUCCUCUUGGGAUUGCAAAACCAAGUCAUCCGGCUCGAGCGGGAACUCGAGGAAAUCAAGGAAGUCAACAAGGAAGCCCAAGACUGGAUGGGAGCAGUCAACCAAACCCUCACUCGAAUCAAGGCUAGCGGGGGGCCCCAACCCCACACACCAGAAGACCGGAAACCCCCGGCAGUGGAGGCCACGCCCAGGCCCAUACCCAAAACCGACACUCUUCCAGCGCCUAGUGCGCCCCUCAUUGCCUGGGCUAACCCCACCAAACCCCCCCUCACAUUUGCCCAACCAACCCCUGUCCGGGCCCCCCCGAGAGUCCAUACUCCCGCUCCACCUUCGCCUAUCAGGCUCCAAUCCCCCCUUGCCCCUCAACCAGCGGCUCCAGUAGUCGCUUAUCAAGCCCCCGUCAAGGUGGACCACCCUGACGCCUAUACGGGGAAAAUUGGAAACAAGUCCAGGCAAUGGCUCACUAGGAUGAUGGCAUGGGUCUGCCUCAAUCAGCGGAUGUUCCCAACCGAUCAGGAGGUCCUAUCAUUCCUCCUGAUGAACAUGAAGGACAUGGCAGGAGCCUGGGCACACCCCCACCUCGACCAACUAGGGUCCCACAGGGCCAUCAUUCAAACAGUUGAGGAUUUUAAGAGGGAAUUCCUGGCCGCAUUUGGGAACCCGGAUGCCACACGAGCUGCUGAGCAGCAGAUCACAAACCUUACUCAGACAGGAACCUGCGCUGAGUACAUCACUAAGUUCAGGACCAUCGCCAUGGACCUGGACUGGAACGACGCCGCCCUUUGUGGGCAAUUCGCACGUGGCCUCCACUGGGAGGUCAGCCGUCUCCUCGCCACUCGGGAACGGCGCCCCACCACCCUCCUUGAGCUGCAGAACGCGGCUCUGGUCAUUGACAACGCCCUCCGAGAAGAGCGCGCCAGCCACCCGCCUAAGGGUAAUAAGUCUGGCACCUCCAACACCACCCCCAAUAGGGGGGCAAGUACUGGCCAACAGGCCACGAGACCAGGGCGCCUAUCCAGCGAUCCUAAUUUUGUCUCCGAGGAGGAGCGAAACCGCCGCAGGGCUGAAGGCCUCUGCAUCAAAUGCGGAAAAGCAGGGCAUAAGUUUGCAGAAUGCCGCACUGGCUGGAAGGCCACGCCUAAGGAGGAAGGCGUCAAAAAGGAAGCCGCCAAAAUUGGCGAAGAGUCUGGACCCGAAUCGGGAAAAGACUAA